AUGAAGCACUACGUCAUCACAGGAGGAGCUGGACUACUCGGGAGUCAACUAAUAUCUUCUCUCCAGAAAAACGGAGACUUCACAAAGUGUGUUGUGAUUGAUCCAACUCCUUAUCGUCCAUUCGACACUAUCAAGCUGGAUACAUCUUUUGUCGAAUAUAUACAGGGAUCAUUCUUGGAUGAAACGGUCUUGAACCGUGUUUUAUCAAAUUGCGUUACCGUAUUCCAUCUUUGUGCUAUUGGACACACUGGAAGGUUUGGCGCUCAAAAAUACAAAGGUCGUGUACAGCAGUUCAAUGUUCUUGGAACUAUUCAACUAAUCAAGAAAUGCAAAGAAAACGGUGUACAAAGGUUCAUUUAUUCCAGUUCUAUAGCGGUCGUAUUCACCGGAAAACCAUUGUAUUCUUGUAACGAAGCUGAACCCUAUCCUAAACAAAGUGAAUAUCUGGACAUCUACUCAUCGACAAAAGCUGAAGCAGAAUCCUUCAUUCUCUCCCAAUCGUGUCUCGACUUCAAAACCACUUGUUUGCGUUUUCGUGCUAUCUAUGGACCACAAGAUGUAUCCGUGGCGGAGAAAGUAGUGAAUAUGGUGCGUAAGAAUCUGUUCAUGGUGAAAAUAAGUCGACACGAUCACGAAUCAAUUUCCAACAUGAGCAGCGCAGAGAACUGCGGACAGGCAUUUCAUCUGGCAAAUCAAGUUCUUGCCGAACAAAACGGCCCACACGGACAGGCGUAUUUCAUCACGGACGGCGAAACUGUUGGACAGUAUGAAGUAUGGAGUCCUCUGAUCAGAGCACUUGGCAAAACGCCACCUGUCCACUCUGUCCCAUACCCAAUCGUGUCGGCUUUCGUGUCUAUCUCUUCGUUUUUUUGUUACGAGAUCUUCCAUUCAAGUCCACCAAUGACCCGCUUUGAGUUGGAAACCCUUGUCACGGACAACACGUAUUCGAUUGAAAAAGCCGAAAAGGAACUGGGAUAUGUUCCAGGAAAAAAUCACUUCAAAAAAACUGUGGAUUAUUAUCGUAUUCAACCAAUUCCGUCUACAACUCAUAAUUUUGGAUCAUGGUUCAAUUUCGACACUCUUCUUUUCAUGAUUCUGAUAAUUUUCUGGACCAUUAUCUCCUUUUGA